AUGGCUUCCCCUUACACCGCUUCGUCAUCGCCCGGUUACCAUUCUCCUAAUAUGCAAAAACAUCCGCUUCAACCACCACUGAAAAAGUACUCCCUCCAACCUCCUCACAAACAAUUGCCGCUCUCCAAAACCAUGCCGGCCAUGGGUUAUCCGGGCAUGUUUCCGCAACGGCCAUCCCAAGACGAAGAUAUCUUGACCGAAUCCAACGUGCGCAAUGGAUUUAUCGAUCGACCCGUGGUUUCGAACGAGCAUACAUGUGCCCAUGAUAUUGUGUACGGCAAGUUGCAAGACGAUCAGCGACUGCUAGGUGAAUUGGGCAAUUUUAUGGUCGAUGUCCUGAAACGGAAAAAAACCGCGGAAAGAAUCACAGGGCCAGCCUCAUUUAAACCGCCUAUUCGAUCGACGUUGAUUGAUUCCAAAAAGGAACAAUGGAUGCAAGAAUUGGCAGCAGGUGUUGUUUCGCUUCGAAAGUUGGCGCGGAAUGUGCCUCAUGGAUUCAAGGGUGAAAAAUUAUUGGAAACAUUGGCGGCAAGGCAAGUGCCUUUCUUGCGAGCCACUUGGUACAUUAAAGUUGUAGGCUUAUCGGAAAUGAGCCAACGGAAUGCCAGUAAUUCCAGCAAUUCCACGUCGCAAUCACUACAAUGGACGUAUAUCGUUACCGAUCAUUUGAAAAAACAACUUGCCGAACUUGCCAACAUCAACGCCUCCGCUCCGCCCGCCCGUGGAUACAAAGGGCAUCCCAGCACCCCCAAUCAACAUGACAGUGCCCCGAAACCAUGGGCCACCGCCGAAAGUCGAGCUCGGUUUGAACAACGUUGGGCUUACAGCACCCGCCUUACGCAAUGGCAAUACGUCGAAGGGUUACUGGAACAGCGCAACUUUCUCAGAUGGACCCUCGACGCGCUCCGGAAUAGCAGCACAUUUGAAAUCAUGUGGCUCAUUCUUACUGGCAUUGUGCAGGAUUACGUCGAUGAAUAUCGACGAAACAGGACCUUGAUGAAACUCUUGAUUGACACCCUCAUUAAAGCCUACAGUGCCCUGAUGCAGAUCCAAGAUCAUGAACAAGUUUGGGCAUAUCAGGGACUCCGAAAAGAUAUUGAACAUAUGCUGCAGUCACUGUUCCUUUCGACGCCGGAUAUGUUUGUGGUGCCCAUGUUGUAUCAUCAAUAUCGACAUUUGUUUGACAUGAUUUUGGGAGAAAAGCCACAACAGUCGAAAGCGUUGCCGAAUAUUAGUCGUGUAAUGAGCGAGUAUUGGACCCUGGUCAAAGCACGAAAUGAAGUUUUCUGUGGCACAGCGGAACAAAACGCGCCUGCGUCGGCAUCGACCCAAGCCGUCAUUUCAUCCGUGGAACGCAACCCGCUCGUGCCAUCCGUGGUCGAAAAACCGCGCGAUACAAUAGAAGAAGAACAAGUGGUUCAGAUCUUGGAUGAACUUGGCCGUACCAUUGCCAGUGGUUCAGGAUUACUGAUCCACGGUGAUGGCUGGAUUAAUACUGAAGGACGCACCGCCACAUCCGCCGCUGAAGCUAUCUUUGAUGACGGCCAUUUGUCCAAGCCAAGCGUGUUUCAGAUCGUUCACAUCAUGUGUCGCUGGGCAACCAGCGACUAUGGUAUCAAAGCCGAUCAGUCCAUCAUCUUUUUAUUCGACACGUUGAUCCGGUUACAAUUGUUUUCGUAUCAGAAAUAUUUAUUACGACUCAUUGCACGGGGUGAUUUGGAAGUUAAACAUCGACAAGAGUCUCGUGUCCUACGCUGUAUUUAUUAUCUUUCCGCGUUUCCUUUGCCAAGCAAUGCCCCGCCUUUCCUUGUGAAUCAGCGACGGGUAGCAAUUUCAAACCAUCGCUCAGACGACACCACACAUCAGGAGAGUCAGGAUCUGGAUCGUCUAAAAUACCUCGCCAAACUGGCCAUUCUAGGCAGUGAGGAUGGUAGUCCUUGUCUGUUUGGCCAAGGAGCCAAGGAUCUGACGCAGCAGACACCCAACGACGAUCGAUCGUCGUACCAUCUCGCCAUCACAGAUACCAUCGAACAGGAACUACAUCUAGCCCUGGACCGAGCCUCACGUUAUACCAUUCUCCAUUUUACCAGUGAAUGGCUCGUCCAAGAAGUGAAACGCUUUGUGGUUAAGAACGUGCAAAUUGGCGAGGACAAUUGGCGCGUCAUGACUUCCCCCGGUUCCUGUCUACUUAAUGCGCGGCAGUAUGUGAUGGUGAUUAAAAUUCUUGAAUAUGCCAAGGAUUAUCUCAGCCUGGUCGAUGUUGCGCUCUGGGUGUUGGAAAAGACCAAUGAACGCGAUCUUUACCUUUACAUCAUUGAUACCCUGCGAAGGCACGCCAAUAUCUGGAAACUCGUCGAUAAAACAGGAAAUCGAAUUGCCGAAACGUUCCUUGCCAAGCAUAACAGCUUGCAGAAUCGAGGAAAUCGCGAACGAAGUCUGAUGAUGUAUAUCGUUCAACUGGUGCAGGAAGGAUACCAGAUGAAGAGUGAUAUGCAUGCCCAGUUUCAGCAAGACUUACAAGCCAAACCUCGCGUAGGCUAUGUUGGCAGUUCAAUGUCCCUUUUGGAAGAUUUGACAUUGCUCGCUUCCAAUCCCACCAACGCCAGUGCCAGAACUUUGGCUGAAUCGUUGUACAGUCGGUACCAUAGCACGGCAGGGUCCAUCCAAUCCAUCUUGGAAACGUCCAUCACCGCCAUUCGUCACGCCAUCCGCGUCAAGGACGAUCCUACUCUUGCGCCAAUGCAGUUUGAGCUGUACAGCAUACUAGCUGCGUUUGCCGAUCUGUUCCGACAGCUAGGCGAACAAGCAACGAUCACCGGGCAACUGGACAUGGUGAUUGUGUCCUGGCUGACACAGCAGGAUCUAUCCAAUACGGACAUGCCUUCGGCCUUUAUGGAAGAAAUGAAUCAACCGCAUUCGUGGAUUCCUUUAUUUAUUACGCUUCUCAUCGCUCGCGGCGCUGUGAAUUUGGAUACGAUCUUUCGUAACAACGUGUUACCUUGGUUUGGCCAGAUUGGAGGAGCCAUACAGCAACAGACGGAACCGGAUCUAUCUGUGGACGUGACCGAGAACCGGUUACUGCAAUUCUGCAAGAACUUGGUGGUCCUUGUCCGUCUGUUGAUCGUUCAAGAUCAUUGCCACCUCGCCACGGAAAAUGGAGCUGACAGCACUGCCGUAACCUGGGAUUUGCGUGUGGAAGACAUAUUCCACUUGGAAGCACAACGAUUAUCGCAAUUAUCGAGUAGCCUGAACAAGAUUGAGCCCAUGUUCCGACUCAUGGAACAUUUACUGAUCAUUGCUACGAAUCUUCCGCUGAGCAGUUCGUUGCUGCAAGAUUUGGUCAUGUUGAGAGCGGCUCUCUUACAAAUCGGGUGGUUCCGCCAAGCUUGUAUUCGCGAUCUUCACGGUGUCUAUCAACGAUUUGCGGCCAAUGAAGCGGAAGCCGCCACGGAGAAAAAGAUUAAAAAGAAGAUGCUCUGCAUAGUCGACGAGUUGAUUGGCGGGAACUUGUGUGAAACGCGAUCGAGCAUGGUCAGCGAAGCGGCACCGGACUUUAUCGACAAACUACAACGUGUAUUUACAAACAUGAAUCAGUGGAAUGAAGAACAGUGUCGUGUGCAAGUGAAUCUGCUAUUGGACAACAUCAUGUUAUCCGAAGGUAACAUGCUCAAUCACAAUAAUCCCCACAUUCUCGGUGACGACGCAACGGCGGAUCUGUCUCUGACGAGUAAUGUACUACCGUCUACAUCAGAAAUGCCUUCGAGCAACAAAGAUUUGGAUUCAUUUGUUCAGUUCUUUUACGAUAUGGUGCUUUCUCCCCCCAAGGACGAUGAGCAACCAUCGGGUGCCCAACGGCGAGCCACUUUUUUCAAAAAUUUGAUCCACGGCGUUCGAGAAUCGGUGCUUCUGGAGUUGUUGAAGUAUGCGAUGCGUUUGCUAGAAGGCGAUCCGGACAUGCCUUUUCCCGGCAACAUGCUACUUCUGCAGACGUCGGAUGCUGCGACAACGAACAAUGGAACGGACGUGGUGUGGGAUUCUGAACAGUAUGCUCACAAAAAUCAAACGUUCCUGACCAUUGUUCAGCAUAUGACGGCGGAAAACGUGUGGACAACGGAAAAGAAGAUCGAGAUGGUAAAGAUGCUUUACAAGCAAAUCAAGCAAUUUAAAAAUGCCAUCCCCACCUAUAAAGUCAUGCAAGGCGCUCAUGCCACGUAUGCUGACGCCGUACGAGCAUUGCAACUGGUGAAAAACGAUGUGAACUUGGCCAUCGUGUUGCUGGUCACGGAUGGCUUGCCGGAUUAUCAACCGAGCGAAAGCAUUGAGGAAAAGGUGACCCUGCAAGAUAUCCGAACAAGUUUACUCAUUCGCUUACGGCUGAUGGUGCCAUUUGUGUCGCUUAUAUGGGAGCAUCCCUUGAAAACGGAAUGUGAUAUUCUUGAGUGGAUCCAAGUGCUGGUUCCGUUGCUGGUGAAUCCUGUGGUUCACGGCAACGGUAAACAGGAACGAUUUUUUGAAUUUGUAUUGGACUUUGUCUCUUUACUCAUUGACGAGGUGCCAAAAGAUCUUCGAAAAGCCAACCUUAAUCAGUUAUCGUCAAUGCAAACGGAACUGUCUUCUGUUCCUGCGAUAUUCCACAGUCGCUUAAAACGAAUCUUGCCAUUUUUAACCCACAAUAUAUACCUUACGAGUACUCGAAUUGGGUCUGCGCUGCUGGGAUUAUCUCCCGCGGUGGAUCCACAACAACAGCAACAGCAUCUGGAAGCAUGCUUGGAUCAGUCAAAACCUUGGGAGUGGCUGGAAGACUAUAUGAGCGAUCCACCUCAUGACAAUGACGUGCCUGUGAACUUGGCGAUAUUCAAUGCACGAAAAUCCAAACGUGCGGACGGCACGUAUAUACGAUGGUUCAAGCAUGGAUUUGAUGAAGGGUUUGCUUCGGAUAACAGUGAAGCCAGUUGGCGGGUGUGUGCCAUGGGAAAGUAUCGACCUCAGUCGAACAGACCGACAGACGAUAAUGGAUUCAACUUUAUUGUCACGGAUGAUGAAGAAAUGCCUGAUCAUCACGGAUCGUCCGCAAGCACACCGAGGAAACGACCGCUGGACAUGGAAGAAGGCGAACUGUUACAAUAA